AUGGAGGAAGUUGUUGGGACGUUUGCUCGAAAGCUUGCUUUGACGGAGACGGAGGUUGAGGUGGUGUUGCCGGAGGAAGCGGUGAAUGUGGGGCCGCAGCGUUGGUUCAUCGUUUGUGAAUUGCUCACUCCGAAACCUUUCAGGGUGGAGUCUCUUAUUAACACAAUGAAGGGUCUCUGGAUCCCCAAGUCGGACCCGCCGGAUCGAGGGAGGAUCGUGGCAACACAGCUAGGGGAUGGAAGGAUGCUGUUCGCUUUUAAGAGGGAAGCAGAUCUAAAGUGGGCUAUCAAGGGCUGCCCUUGGUCGUUUGAUAAAGCUCUGUUGGCGGUGGCGGUAACAGAUGGACGGGAGGACCCGUCUAGAGUUUCACUUAACACCCAAUACUUCUGGAUUCGUAUUCGAGGCCUUCCACCGGUUUACCUGGAGGAGAAAUUGUUGGACAAUACGGGGAGGUUGUUGGGACAGGCGAUUGGAGAUUUUGUGCGUGCUGUUAAGGGUUGUGGGGUAACCUGCCUGGGGGAGUACCUAAGGAUUAGGGUGGGAGUGAGUGUGGAGGCUCCAUUGAAGAGGUGGGUGAGUUUCAAACCGGUGGGGUGGUUGGAGAGGAAGAGUUUUGAUCUAGAGUAUGAGCGGCUCCCACACUUUUGUUUCUAUUGUGGGUUGCUGACGCAUACCGGAGGAAGAUGUCCUCGCCGUGAGUCUGGCGGCUUUCUGUUCCAGCCUAUGAUGCUCUGCUAA